AUGAAGCAAGCUGGCGCAUCAGUUGCCAAAUAUUACAGUGAGCUCACUGAGAUUUUUCAGGAGCUUGAUCAAUUAAGUCCAAGCACCAUGAAGCAUCCGAAAUACAUCGAGACUAGACGCAAAGAGGUUGAUCAUCUCCGAGUUUAUAUAUUUCUUGCAGGUUUGGACAAUAAUUUCGAUCAAAUAUGA